CUUGCUGGCCAGUCAGUCGACACGUCGACACCACACGGCACCACACUCUUCUCCGAACCCUGCACAGCUAGCUAUAUAGCCGGCUUUGAGAUCAAUCCCUCCCGACCACCUACAUCAAUAAUCCAUCCCCAGCUGUAGCCAUGGACGGCGGCCUCUACGCUGAGCGCAUCCUUGUGCCAGAGACUACUGACCAGUUCCUCUGGAUCCUUAUUGUAGGCGCAUUUGGCGCAUUUUUCGCGGCAUUCGGGAUCGGGGCCAACGAUGUCGCCAAUGCGUUCGCCACCUCCGUGGGCGCCAAGGCCCUGACCAUCAAGCAGGCCGUCAUCCUGGCCGGCAUCUUCGAGUUCCUCGGCGCUGUGUUCCUGGGCUCGCACGUGACUAAGACCAUCCGCUCCGGCAUCGCGGACGUGAAGCGAGGGAUGGCGGCCGGCACUCAGCUGUUUGCUCUCAUCAACUCAGAGCGUGAGGGCCUCUAA